AUGACUACUGCAACGGGUAGUAAAUAUGGCAGCAAUUCCAUUUUGUCUCAACCGUCAGUUAAGUUUUUCAUCAGUCAGAUUAUUCGUGCCGGUCUUGGAGCUCAACGCUUGCAAUUAGCCUUGAAAAGGUGCAAUCAACAAUCUCUGCCACUGCGUUGUAUUUGGCUACAAGGUGACUUAUUAGAAUGGCAAGAUGAUGGUGAUGCACUCUUAUUAGAUGAUGGUACAGGAUCAUAUGUCAUGGCUAUUGGUGAAAUAUUACAUAUAACCAAGGAUCAAGUAAUAAUCCGAGCUCUGAAGAUGGCGGAUUUAUCCUCAAAUCCAGAUACAAUGACUAUCUGGCUGUAUGAAACGAUAGAUCUUCAUCAAACGAUAUUUGAACCAUGUUACUAA